AUGAUGACUAUCUACAUUUAUUUUUUAGUUUGCAUAUUCCAAUAUUUUUACAGUAUAAAUUUUGAAAUUGGAAAAAAUAACCUAAAAAAAGAAUUGAGUCUCAGAAGUGAAAGAAUUCUAGCAGAAGAGCAACAAAUAAGAAGAAUUAGAAAUGUAAGAUCAACCAGUGAAAUUAAAAGUAGUUUGAAAAGUUGGUUAGAUAGUAUUCAAGAUGGUUUAUUUGAUGAACUAGAUCAAUUAACUAAUAAUUUUACAGUUACCAAUGUUAGGAAAUUUUCACAAUGGAUGCAUAAUAAAGGUGGGAUUAUUACGAGAGCAUUAAAUUUAGUACCAGAUCCUGAUACAAAGAGUUUUUUAAAUGAUACCUUGACUUCAUGGAGAAGGCUUACAGAUGAAGUUCUAGUAAAUUCCGCAAUAGAAUCAUAUGUAGAUAGCAUAUUAUAUCCAGCAAAUAUAAUAACAAAUAAUAAUGGAUCAUCAUCUACAUAUGCUUUAUCAUCUAUUAUACAAUCUACCUCCACUUCAUUACCCACACCUACUGAAUCAACUAACAUAACUACAUUGCCCAUAUCUACUUCAUCACCUGAAUCAACUGUAUCUCCUACAACUGCUUUGCCAUCCACAAUUGAUUUAUCAUCCACAAUCAGUUUAUCACCUACUACUUCAUCUGAUUCUCAUAUUAAUUCUACUACCCCUUUUAUAAAUAAUAUAAGUGAGUCAUCUACUGUUCUUUCUACAAAUGAAACAAAUACUACGACUGCGCUAACGAUUAAUUCAGUCUCAGUAACCCCUGUAAAUAAUAGUGGGGGCAUAACUAGUGCAACAUGCACAGGAUUAUUAUGUGGACCAGCUUUUGUUGCUCUUCCUGUUUCUGUUGCUCUUCUCGGGGGAGUUUUUUUUUUUGUUCUUCUUUAUAAGUAUACUCCUGUUGGAAAAUUUCUUGGAAGAGAUAGUCCAAAAAAAAAAAAAGGAAAAAAAAGAUUAAAUGAAAUGCCUAUGGAAAGAAUAAAUUCUCCUAAAUUAUUAAAAGUAGAAAAAACGGAAAAUGUAAAGAGAAGUAGAUUACAUAGAUUUCUUCGUGCAUUCGGUUACGACAAGAAUUUUCCCUAUAUAGAUGAAGAUAUACCCUCAGAUCAAGUAAUAUAA